AUGUUUUUGGACUCGGUGACGCAGUUCUGGAGCGACUGGGGUCUCCGGAUCUCUGUCCUUGUCAGUUUAGCGGCGUACGCCCUCCUGGGUUUCCUGUCCGGGACACGGCGGCGCUCGGCGGCCGGCAGCCUGUGGAUCCUCCAGUGGGCACUGAGGGCCAUCCUGUGGACUUUGUACCAGUUCGCCGAGAUCGCCGCGACGAGCGCCAUCGGCAACCUGUCCCUCCGCGGCGCCAGCGCCGGCGGCGCGUCGGGGGAGGAGCAGCAGCUGGUAGCGUUCUGGGCGGCGUUCCUCCUUCUCCACCUCGGCGGCCCCGACAACAUGACCGCGUACGCUCUGGAGGACAACAUGCUCUCCCUGCGCAAAACGGUGGAGAUGGCCUUUCAGAUUCUCGGGGUCGUGUAUGCCAUCUGGAACUACAUAUACCGCGGCCACAACAGCAGGGUUCUGUUCGCAGCGUCGGCCAUCGUCUUCGUCGAGGGCGCCGCCAGGUACAUGGAGAGGGCAUACGCUCUACGGCGAGCCAAUUUGGACAACAUGCAGGAGCAGGAGCCGGACGAAUCAAGCAAGAACAAGAAGCCGGCGGCCGCAGAUGGAUCGUCGUCGUCGACGUCAGCAGGGGCCUGCAGCAGCUCCAGAUCCAGGUCUUCCAGCGCGGCCGCUGUGGAAUCCACGAUCAUGACGUACGAAGGACGGGCGCUUGACGACGGCGCGGCGCUGCUCCUUGCCCAGGAUCUGUUCCACGUCUGGCGUCGCUUCCUGGUGGAUUCUUCCGUUGACCGACGGUCACCCUGGCAGCGUGCCAGCGAGAAGCUACUCUCGCUGCCUUGGGAGAAGAUGUGCACGGUGGCGGAGAUGGAGCUCUCCCUCAUGUACGAGGUCCUGUACACCAAGGCGACCGUGGCGCACACCUGGCCAGGCUACCUCAUCCGCUUCCUGUCGCCUGUCUGCAGCGCUGCCGCCGCGUCGCUCUUCUGGGUCCACCGAGAUCGUGGUAGCAAGGGCCGCCACCGCCACCCGGUCGGGGCAUCCGCAUCCUUUGUCGGGAUCACCUACCUCCUGUUGGGCGCCGCCUUCGCCCUGGACGUGGUGUGGCUGCUGAGAGCCCUCGGGUCCACCUGGACGUACGCCUUCCUCAAGAAGACGAACAAGUUGGCCCCGCGGCGGCGGCGGCGACCAUGGACUUGGUCUUGGUUUCGCCACAAGGCUCUGUGCGGUGGGUGGUGGCGCCGGCUCCACCGCGCCGCCGUGUACCUGGACCUGGACCCGCUGCGGCUAGCGUUGGGUGUCGAUCCCGUCGCUUACAGGAGGUGGUCGGGCACCAUCGGGCGCUACAACCUGCUGCACGAAUGCACCGCUCCUCGUCGCCCGUGCCGCCGGUGGCUGGCCACCAAGCUCGGGCUGGAGGAGAAAAGGUUUCUGUCCGAGCUUCCUCGAGGCGUCAAGCAGCUGGUGUUCGAGCGGGUACAGAGGAUACUGCCGACGACCGAUAACCCGCCGGCUUGUCCUGAUGGCGGUGGCGCAUACACCAUGGUGGACAUCACGACAUGCUGGGGCCAGGUGACCAUCCGGAGGGCCGCGAAGCUAUUUCGUCGACCGGACGAGCAGCCCAUCCCCGGCCGUGAGUUCGAGCAGGACGUCCUCGCGUGGCACAUCGCCACCUGCAUCUUCCUCUCGCGCGACAGAGUAAGGAAUAAGAUACCAAAGUCAUCGAUGGCCGGCGGCCAUGUGGCGGCGAUCGAGGCGAUGUCCGAGUACCUGAUGUUCCUGGUCGCCAAGCGCCGGCAGAUGCUGCCGGGCCUUGUCCUCCACAGCCAACUGGAGCAGACGCGCACAGCCUUGGAGCAGAUAUGGAACAACGGCCGUAACCGUAAGGGAGGAGGAGGACACGAACACAAAGAGAAUCUUGCCGCGCUGGUGCGAUGGAAGAGGAACGAAGACCGAGACUGGCUGGAAACUGAGGGCAGGCGGCUCGUUCUUGAUGCAGCCGAGGUUGCUGGUGCGCUGACAAAUGCCAGUUUGCAGCAGCGGCAAGUGGUCCAGAUGCUGGACCUCAUCUUCAACGUGUGGGUGGAUAAGCUGCUGUACGCGGCCGUCAGGUGCAGCAGGGAGUCCCAUGCCAAGCAGCUCAGCCGUGGUGGUGAGCUCACCACCAUGUUGUGGAUUGUUAUCCAGCAUGCUGGCCCCUUUCGCAUUGGAGAACAGAAGCCCGGUUACGACAAGGAUUCCGAUCGCAAAAGGAAGCCUCACGAGAAGAAGCCGGAGGCAAAGAAGGACGAUGCGGAUAAGAACGAUGGUGAUAAGAAGAAGAAGGAGGAGGAGGAGGAGCUCCACAAGGGCCCCUGCUGCUGCUCGUGCCCGUACCCUUACCCAACCCCGUGCCCGUAUUCAUACCCACGCUCACGCCCUUACCCUUACCCUUACCCUUCCCUUACCCUUACCCUUACCCAUCUUACCCGUACCCGUACCCACCACAAUCACCCCGAUAUGGGAUGCCCAUGUCCUUGGUAG